AUGACGUCACUGGCCCACCAGCUGAGGCGCCUGGCGCUGCCGCAGAGCGACCCGGGCCUGCUGACCCGGGCGGAGGUCGCCUCGCUGCUCUUCGACCCCAAAGAUGCUGCGUCCAUGGACAAAACCAACUUCUACGCCCUGGGCUGCACAGGGCUGGAGGAGCUGCUGGGAAUCGAACCGGUGUUUCUGGAGUUCCAGGACACUCUGUUCAGCCGGGCCUCGCUGACACUGGAGCGCAGUGUCCAGUCCAAAGAGGUCAACAGGAAGCUGGACGCCGGCAUCUCGCUCUUCCUCACCCGCCUCUCUCCCUACUUCCUCCUGAAACCAGCUCACAAGUGCAUCGAGUGGCUCGUUCACCGCUUCCACGUCCACCUGUACAACGCAGACAGCCUGCUGGCGUGUGCGCUGCCGUACCACGACACCAACGUGUUUGUCAGAGUCCUGCAGCUGCUCAGGAUCAGAGACGCCACCAACCGAUGGAACUGGCUGCACUGCCUGCAGAAACCCGGCGUGCCGUUGUCCAGAGGAGCUCUGAUCACUCACUGCUACACAGACCUGAGCUUCAUGGACUUCAUCUGCAGCAUGGUCACCAGGUCCAUCCAGGCGUACUGGGGUCACUCUGGAAGCUGCUCUCAGCUCAGAGUGAUCUUCUCCUUCUACGCGUCCACCAUCGUCCCCACGCUGGACGCCGUGGACAGCGUGUCGGACACCAUCAUCUCCAAACUGCUGCCCUACGUUCAGAGGGGCCUGAAGUCGCCGCUGAGCGACUACAAAGCCGCCUCCUACAUGAUCGUGUGCCAGCUGGCAGUGAAGGUGGUGAUGGAGGCGAGUCUGGUGGACAGCCUCGCCGUGCACAUCAGCAAGUCGCUGGUCAAGGAGCCGGUCCUGGCUCGAGAAGGUCUGGGCUGCCUCAUCGUGCUGCUGCAGAACCAGAAGGAGGGCGCCGCCGGGCCCAGAGCUUUCGACCGCCUCUGCUCGAUGCCGUCCCUGGCGUCCACUCUGCAGGUCAUGGCGGCGGUUCACGAUGUCAGUCCACUGCUGCGUCAGCUGCUUCCUCACCUGAUCCACCACAUGUUCAGCUCAGGUGAAGCGGGGACGGACCAGCUCAGCGUCCUGGAGUCCGUCCUGGAGUCUGUGCCUCUCACCAGAGGCCUGGAUCAAACUGUGGCUCGUUUGCUUCUGGACGAGUACCUGACUCAGACCGAGCUCUCAGCUGAGAACCUCUGUGCCCUGGACCAGCGGCUGCUGCCUCUGGUCCGACUGUUCGAGUCCAGAUACUGUGGCGCUCUGGACGGCGUCCUCUCGGGUCACGUGACCGACCUCAGCAGCCCUGAGCAGAAACAUCUUUUCCACCAGUUCAUUUCUCUCUCACUGAGCAGUGGGAAGUACCAGAUUCUGGGCGACUCGGACACGUCGCUGCUCCUGAGUCUGAAGCACCCGGUGCCGUCGGUCCGAGUCUCUGCUGUGGAGCACCUGAGGAGCGUCAUCAGCUCGGGACAGCAGAAGAGUCUGGACGAAGACUUCCUGAAAGACGCCGUGAUGGACCGUGUGAAGGACGACGUCCCCGAGGUGGUGGCGGCUGCUCUGAAGGUCGUGGAGGUUUUGUUGGAUGUUUUGGAUCCUGAAGAAACGUUGUCAUGUUUAAUGUCCCUGCUGCUCAGAGUGGACCUGUGUGUGUCCGAGCACUGGCUGCCAGUGCUGACAGAGGCGGUGCGUUUACUGUCCGACCCGCGGCUGGGAAAGGGCGACGUCGAGUGGCUGCAGAGAACCGGCUGGAGGCUGCUGCCCUUCCUGGUGGUGACCGGGGCCCGGCCCGACUCCGCCCAGCUCAGCCUCGCCUCCUCCGUCGCCCGGUCCUCCGUCCUCGCCCAACACCCGCUCACCUUCAACUGGGCUGAAGAGAUGGACGAGACGACCAAGAGAAGCUCUGAACACGGAUUCGUGGGUUUGGUCAACCAGCGCCUCAUCUGCACGUUGACCAGGAACCUGGCGAACAUGGAGCACUUCUCCAAACGAGACGCCCUGGAGAAGCUGGUUUCUCUGGUGGAGCAGCAGUGGAGCUCCGGCCUCAGAGAGAGGACGUCCUUCCUGGUUCUGACCCGGACUCUGCUGCUCGGCCUGGGGGAGCUGAGCGAGACGCAGCACCUGCUCACCGCCCAGAGGGUCUUCACGCUGCUGGAGCGCCCCCUGCUGGAGCUCAUUGCCGGGGACGAAGACGUCCAGGGCGUGUCCGCCCCCCCCUCGUUCCCCGAGGCUCUGACCUUGUACCUGAGCAGCUGUGAGCAGCGGCCGGGGGAGCGGCUGGCGGCCGAGCUCGGCUUCGUCCUCUUCUCUCUGCUGAGAGACUUCAUCUCCACUCUCAAGUGUGACGACGCCUCUUUCAAAGGGGAGGUGUGGUGGAACCCGGAGAAGAUGGACACCAACACCUGCUGUUACCUGGGAUUGAUCUGCCGCCUCUUCAGUGUGGUCAUCAGCGGCGCCGGAGACGGGCCGACAGCCGGGAGCUUCAGGGACAUGAUGAAGCUCCUCGUCCAGGUCCACGUGCCUGAGCCGCUGAUGCUCUUCAGGUUCCUGUGCCUGGUGUGGGGAUAUGGCAGUAACCACGGCGACCAGCUGGACGUGAAGGUGGACGCUGUCCUUCAGACUCGAGCUCUGCACCUGGGCCGGGCGCUGCUGAGCGUCCAGCCCGCCGGCGUGCUGCAGGGGCUGGCCGCGCCCAACUCCCCCGUGGUUCCGUCCCUGCUGUGUUGUCUCACCUCUCCGGUCCGUGAGGUGCGGAGGGUGGCGCUCGCCGCCCUGCAGAGCCUAUCAGGAGCUGACUCUCCCUUCCAGCCAAUCACAGAGAAGCUGCUGAAGACCUCGGAGGAGAUUCUCGCUGACCCCGCCUACUUGAGCUUGGCGCUCGGUGUUCUUCACGAGGACAGUUUGUCGUGCAGCGUGAAGACGCAGCAGGCGUCCAUGCAGCAGCUGCUGCUGAGCGUUCAGACGCCAUGUUGUCCCUCGUACAGCGCCGCCGUCCUGCUGAGAGCGCUGAGUCAUGUUAACGGACAGCCGGUCCUGUCCACCCUGCUUCCUGUUCUCGACCGGCUGCUGGAGCAGAGCGGCCCCGACACCCCCGCCCUGCUGCGGGACGAGGCCACGCUCAUCCAGCUCAUCCUGGGGAAGUACAACGAGGCGUCUGCCGCCAUGUUGCCUGAGGACCAGAACUGUCUGGAUCUGUUCAUCAGAGCCUUGAAGACGUCCACUCAGCCGCACACGGACAUCGCCAGCUGCCAGAUCAGCGCUCUGGAACAGAUCACAAAGUCGUUCUUCUCGGCCCUUGGAGAAGAGAAGGUGCAGCAAAAGCUCUUGACGGUGAUAUUCGACGUGUUGCUGGAGAGCAAGAGCCCCCUGGUGGCCAACACUGUCAGCAGCAUAUUUAAAGGACUGGCCGUGGACAGUCAGCUCAUAGCCAAUGAGCUGUCUCCACCAGAGAAGCCCAGAGUCAGUGUGACGGUGCAGCAGACCCGAAGGAGCAAAAUGAGUCUGAGGAAACCUCAGGAGAGCAGCGAGGGGUGUCCAGAGGGGGGCGCUGUGCCGUGGCAGAGAGUCACGCUGAUCCUGGAGCUGCUGCAGCACAAGAAGAAGCUGAAGCGAGCGCAGGCGCUGGUGCCGGUUCUGUUCUCUCUGCUCUCCAGGAGUCUGGAGCCGUGUUCAGGAGGUCACGCCAACAUGGAGUACACCAAACAGCUGCUGCUCAGCUGUCUGCUCAACGUGUCCCACAAGCUGUCUCCUGAUGGCCGACCGCUGGGGCCUGACGUCCUGGAGGAGGAGAAGUUCAGCGUGGAGCUGGUGGUUCAGUGCAUCAGAUCGUCCGACAUGCCGCAGACUCACCACCACGCUCUGCUGCUGCUGGGCGCCGCCGCCACCAUCUUCCCCGAGAAGGUCCUUCACAACAUCAUGCCCAUCUUCACCUUCAUGGGAGCGAACAUCAUGCGUCUGGACGACGCCUACAGCUUCAGAGUCAUCGACAAGACGGUUCAGAUGGUGAUCCCGGCGCUCAUCAAGGCUCACCAGCUCUCUGACGACCAGUCGUCGGCUCACGUGCACGCCGUGGUGGCGAGGAUCAUGCACGUGUUUGCCGACGCGCUGCCUCACGUGCCCGACCACCGGCGGCUCCCCGUCCUCGUCCAGCUGAUCACCACGCUGGGCCCCCGCCGCUUCCUCUGGGUCCUAAUGCUCCUCCUCUUCAAGCUGCACGCCGAGCAGACCGCUAGCUCCGUGAGCGAGAAGGAGGCGUCUCUGGACAGGGACGUAGAUUUCUGGAUUUCUCUGUGCUGUCAGUUCGAGGUGAGCGAGCAGCUCGUCUCUCUCAUCAACAUCCUGAACUUCCUGCAGCAGCUGCCCAACGAAAAAGACGACGCUCCAGUGAAGCGCCGAGGAGCCAAGAAGCCGGAGGAAGACGAGGAGAAGGUGGAGGAGCUGAUCUUCAGCGUGGACACUCACAGCAGCAAAGAGCUGAGACACUUCAAGUUCCUCUGCGUCUCCUUCAUGGCUCAGCUGCUCGGCUCCAGCAGCUUCGUGGGGAAGGUGGCCGAGGGCGGUGACGUCGUGGACGAGUCUCUUCAGCAGCUGCAGCAGAGGCUGCUGGAGGAGAACCUGCGCUUCAUCCACAGCGUCGCUCGCUGCGUCGAGGAGAACGCCGACAAGCCCACCGCCAAGUUCUGGAGAGUUCUGCUCAACAAGAGCUACGACGUCCUGGACAAGGUGAACGCGCUGCUGCCCACAGACACCUUCAUCACGGUGAUGAGGGGGCUGAUGGGAAAUCAGCUGGUGUCCGUCAGGAGGAAGGCCAUGGAGCUGCUGAACAACAAGCUGCAGACCAGGACCCGGUGGGACGGGCAGCAGGUCAACAUGUUCCUGCAGCUGAUCGGAGACCUGCUGAGCAUCGUGGGUAAAAGUCACAGUAAGGUGACGGAGGAGGCGGAGCACGGCAUCAACCGGCAGACGGCGCUCUACAGCCUCAAGCUGCUCUGUCGCACGUUCGGCUCCGGCCACCAGGAGGCGUUCGUCCCCGUCCUGCAGCAGACGGUGGAGAUGGUGUCUUCAGCGGAGGAGGAGAAGAACGUGAUGGGCAGCGCUCUGCUCUGCAUCGCCGAGGUGGUCAGCACGCUGAAGGCCCGCGCCAUCCCUCAGCUGCCCAGGUUGAUGCCUGCAGUGCUGCACACGCUGGCUAACAGGAAGGAGCUGCUGACCAAUGAGAUUUACCUGCUGAGCGCCGUCACCGCCCUCCAGAGAGUCACCGAGACGCUGCCGCACUUCAUCAGCCCCUACCUGCAGGACAUCACCUCCCAGGUGUGUCGUCUGACUCGUCUGGUGGACUCCUCCUCUUCGUCCUCCUCUUCGUCCGUCCAGCUCUCGGUGCGUCUCUCGUCCCUCAGGACCACCCUGGCCACCCAGCUGCCCCCCAGGGUCCUACUGCCCAACCUGUCCAGCUGCUACAGUUCCAUGGUCGUCGAUAAGAAGGCUCACCUGGGGGCGCUACUGAGCAUCCUGAAGGAACACAUCACUCACAUGGAGAAAGAUCAGCUGAGCUCCCACCAAUCAGAACUCACCGCCUUCUUCCUCACGGCCCUCGACUUCCGCAACGAGCACUGUCAGGGCGAUCUGGAGAAGACGUGGGAGACUGAGGGCUGUGUGGUCGACUGCCUGAUGGCCAUGGUGCUGAAGCUGUCGGAGGUCACCUUCAGACCGCUCUUCUUCAAGCUCUUUGAUUGGAGCAGAUCCGACGGCGAGGAGCGUCAGCUGACCUUCUACCGACUCUGCGACGCCAUCGCCGAGCGGCUCAAAGGACUCUUCGUCCUGUUCGCAGGAAACUUAGUGAAACCGUUCUCAGAUCUUCUCCGAAGGACCAACCGCUCGCAGAAAGACGAGCCGCUCUUUGAGUCGGACGGCGUGAAGAACCAGCUGCUGCUCCAGCUCGUCCUCAGCUGUCUGCAGAAGAUCUUCCUGUACGACACACAGAGGUUCCUCAGUAGAGAGCGAGCCGACGCCCUCAUGAAGCCACUGGUGGACCAGUUGGAGAACACAGUGGGGGGUCAGCAGCAGUACCAGCAGAUGAUGACUCAGCACCUGGUUCCGUGUAUCGGUCACUUCUCUGUUGCUCUGGCUGACGACGCUCAGUGGAAAACUCUCAACUAUCAGAUUCUACUGAAGACGAGACACAGCGACGCCAAGGUCCGGUUCUCGUCUCUGCUGGUUCUCUUGGAGUUGACAUCGAAGCUGAAAGAAAACUACAUGGUUCUGCUGCCAGAGACCAUCCCCUUCCUGGCUGAGCUGAUGGAGGACGACUGUGAGGAGGUGGAGCAGCAGGUUCAGAAGGUCGUUCAGGAGAUGGAGAACAUCCUGGGGGAGCCGCUUCAGAGCUACUUCUAACACACACACACACACACGUACACACACACACACGUACACACACACGUACACACACACACACACACACACACACACACACACACACACGUCAUUGAGUCGUUUGUCAGAUUUAAACUUGUCUUCCUGAUAUUUUGACAUACAUUUAUAACAAUUAUCCGACUCCUCCUGUUUGUCUUUCACUUCUUUGUUGUUUAGUCAAGGAAGUAGAGAUGUUGUGAUCGACCAAAAUAAAUCUGAUAAUUUCUUCA